GCGUGAAACUAACAAUUAUUUACGCGAAAAUAAGACGCGACUUGCGGAUCAAUGUUGUGACCGCGAACUUCAAUUUAGAAUGGACGUCCUUGUUACCAAUCAAUUGGGAUCAACCAUUCUCCAAAGACAGGGGACUCAUCCUAAAAGAAUGAAAAGGAAGCGGAGACCAUCCCCUAAUAGCGCUCAGGGGUGGAUGCCACCAUCGAGCAACACCCAGAACAGCGAUAACCUAUCAAAUGACUGUCGCCUGGGCCUGGUCUCGAUAGUUCAGGCCGUCCACAGCGCGAACGUCCAAUAUAAAUCUAUUGUCGAUGAAUAUUUACGAUGGCGAAAUAAGUUACGGACCCGGUCUAGUUCCAACCUAAAGUCGACAAGAUUUAACAACGAUGAUCUCCAAACAUUGGACGAAGUUAUGAAAACCUACCUCUCAUUAGAUCAGUCUGUUGCUUGGCAACUACUGGCAAACUUGGGCGAAAAGUCUUAUAUCGAUAUAUGGAAGCGGGCGGCUGAGAACAUGGCGUAUUUGAGGAGUCUAUCGAAGCACCAGACACCGAAACAUCUGGAAAAGGCGAGGAACCGAGCCGUCGAUCUUAAGAACUGCCGAGUCACGGUAGAGAAUAGCUUCAACCUUGUCGAAAAAGAGCUUCGGGCUUCCGGGUUCGAUCAUCACUGCGAAGCUAUUCUCGCGAAGAGAGAUAUGCUCUUGAAGUACGAGGAAGCGUACCCCAUACUACCAGAGCCUCGCUCGGUGCCAGAGAUUCAUCAGGAAUCACCACCUACCUUUCAGAUGUCGACGCUCAUUUUCAUCGUCUUUACGGUGGUGGCGUUAAGUUUCAUACCCAUGGGUAUGGCCUGGUCUAGAUCACCCAAUACGCCAGGCUCUACCGGAGAUUCGGACUUCUGGGUGCAAAUCCAAAACACGAUACUUCAACUUCUAGGCCUCUCCACGGCCAUGCUUGUCGCUCACCAGAGGUUAUUCAAUGAUAACACCGCUUGGAAGUAUGCUUGUUACUUUACUAUCGCCGGUGUUAUAUGCGCCGUUCUUGCGGUACCGGUGUAUUUACUUGUGCCGACUAUAUGGUCCUCCUUCUCAUCCUUCCUCGCAAGCAUUAUGCAGGUUGGGGCGACGAUCCAACUAGCUCUAAUCGCGAAGGCGCCCAAGCAAAAACAGCUCUGAAGAGGAACCGUAUUUUGCUUCUGAUGUUAUAUGGGUCGCAUCUCUACGCCGGCUUCAGAGAAAUUAUAGUGGGACAGGAUAGGGGUUAAGCCAUGGGCAUAACAAACGUCGGAUAACGAUCAUUGACUACCUAACUA